UCUUUUCAGCGCCGAGUACGACAGGAUGACACGCAAGAAACCAUUUGAUAAGGCCAGGCUUUCGCUCGCUUUCCCUCAUCCGUUCCCAUAGAUGAUGAAAAUUUUCCAUGCGAACGCAUGGCAGUACCUUGCCAUUGUGCUUUGCAGUGUGGCUAUAAAUGUGUCUAGUCAUGGAGGGACAUCGCACAACUUGGAAGACUACUGCAAUCCUUUAGGGUCUGUGAGAAGCUACCAAGCCCUUACUCUCGCCCAGACUGUAGAGCUUCGCGCUACAUUGGGAACUGAUCUCAAACAAUCUGGAUGUCGAAGUGGCGUCGUGUUUGAAGCACUUAACUCCUCCUUCGGCUUUUUAGUAAGUCUCGCGGACUUGAAUAUCCCUGGAAACGAGGAUAACUGCACUGACUACGUAAAGGUUACAGGCUUGCUGAAUAAGGACCUCAAUGACAAGCCGUUCUGUGGCGAAGCCUUUCCAACUGGCAUGCCCUUACGAACAGACGGAGACAAGGUCACAAUUCUGUGGAACUCACAGGCAGCAUCUGACACUGGUACACCCAAGAGAGCGAAUUUUCGGAUAGUCAUCGUCCAAUAUCUAAAUGGAUCUUCGCAAGCGGACUGCCCGGAAUCAUGGAAGCUCUGCGGGACGGGAACAUGCAUCGAAGGCCGCGUUUGGUGUGACGGUCUUUAUAACUGCGAGGACGGAGGCGAUGAAACUGCAGAAUGCAAUCGCCCAGAGCACGUAGUGUCCAUUCCAGCUGUAGUGGUGAUCGUAGUGCUGGCCAUGUUCCUCAUCAUCUUGGUGGUGCUCGUGGUGUACGUCCGCAAGAAACGUUCAGCGGCGCAGCACAUAGGCGGUUCGACCCUUUCACAUACAAUGUGACGAUUGACACGGCACAUUUCUUUACUUUAUCACGAUGUGUCUUCAUUAAUCAGCAAAGUCACAUCGAGUAAUUUAUAACGUGUGACGUUGUGCAUCGCGUUUCACGUGGCUAUGUUCCCCACCAACACCGAAUAUCCUCCGGGUGUCCGAAUAACGUCCUAACGGAUUCGUACGUCCGAUGGAUAUCUGAGGGAUACCCAUCGGAUGUACGAAUUCGUUAGGACAUUAUUCGUGCAUCCAGAGGAUAUUCGGUGUUGGUGGGGUUUUGCAAUGACAUAAAAAAAGUAUAAUCAGUAAAAAAAGUUCAAUAUAGAUAGGACUUUAUAAGUAGUAUUAUUAUACUUUAAGGACUUUUUGGGUAUCUUCUCGAAUGUUUCCUUGCAUACGAGCAGCGCAGGAAAUUGUAGAGAUAUAGCGCACGAUAUCUGACGACGUCGAAAACAAAACGCAAGAAAGAAAAACAGCUUGUCUGACGACUGUGCCUCACGCAGCCUUUGUCUGACAGGGAGCUGUACUGACGAACACCUGAGCCAUUGUGCUGUUUGAUGUGAUCUCCAGGCGCCCUCUUGCUCCUACUUUAUUACGAAGCUUCUCUGUAUAUGCUGCUUCUCACAGCGGGUGUUCUCGCCGAUGGGCAGUUCAACCGCGCGGAGCUCUUCCUGCGAAUGAAUGCAUCCCUGUUUAGUCAAUCCCAGUUAUUGUUUCAUACUUGGGAUUGACGUAGAAUUCAUUUUUACGAUGAAAUCCAAUGUAUAAACUGACAUUGGGGGGGGGGGGGGCGACAGACCCCCCCCCCCCUCCCCCUGGAUCCGCCACUACCCUCUCGUCUGCUGCAGCUCUACAUGACGUGCUCUUCUCUCUCUCUCUCUCUCCUGGUAAGGCGUCGCACAAUCACGUGACAGGACUAUUGUAGCUCACCCCCCACCCUAGUGGUGGAUCGGUGCGCCUCUUGCAUCCCUAGAGGUGGGAUGCGGUCCUCCUUUAUAGAAAAUGGUACCAUACCUUGUGCGUCGUCUCUAUAGCCCAUCAUGGGCGGAUCCAGGGUGGGGGAGGAGGGAGCGAUCGCCCCGCAAAACGUCAGUUUAUACCUGGGAUUUCCCUCUCCCCCUCCCCCACUACGCGAGAAAGAACCCCCUCCCCAAACCGAGGGUCUGGAUCUGCCCUUGUAGCCAUUGCAUAUAAGACCAAAUGCUUGCGUGUAUGUAUGUAUGUAUGUAUUCAGUUUGCUUUUUCGAUCCUCCUAUAAACAGGCAACCAUGUGUAUAAGAUAUCUGCCGUACACUUGCCGUCCUCUCUGCAUACCGGACAUAAAACAUGUUUUUACUGAAACCCCAUACAUACUACUUUUUUUUUUUUUUUGAACAUUCAUUACCGUCUAUCCCAUUCUGUGGCAUAUUUUGCCGCUUGACUGUUCCACGAUAUUACUUCUCUUUUUUUUUUUUUUUUUCACUUACUCUCUCCCGAGUAUUUCACCUCCUACUUGCGCUUCAACGGACGUGAGUAACGCGCUGGUCUGUAAUAGCGGCGGGCAACACCACAGAAACGAGAAUACGUCAUUUGUACUGCUUUUAUCACACUCGCAAAUAAAUAGAAUGCCAUACAAAAUUGA